ACAAGUAUCAUAACUCAUCCUUUCAUCAUCUAAAUUUAGUGAGUCAUCUCUUAUCACAAUGGCUCUAAUUAGAGUAUCUUUCAUAGCUUCUCUACUCAUGACUUUUGUGGCACUUUCAUUUGCUGUUGAUUCUUAUGGUUAUAACCCUACUCCUGUCUACACACCAUCUCUCGUUUAUAAGUCACCCGUAUAUACCCCUUCUCCGGUAUACAAGUCACCCGUUUAUACUCCAUCACCUAUAUAUAAGUCUCCUGUGUAUACUCCAUCCCCUGUAUACAAGUCACCUGUAUACACUCCAUCCCCAGUAUACAAGUCACCCGUUUAUACUCCAUCUCCGAUUUAUAAAUCUCCUGUGUACACUCCAUCCCCAGUAUACAAGCCACCCAUAUAUACUCCAUCACCAGUAUACAAGUCACCCGUUUAUACUCCAUCUCCUACAUAUAAGUCUCCUGUGUAUACUCCAUCCCCAGUAUACAAGUCACCGGUAUACACCCCAUCACCAGUGUACAAGUCACCCAUUUAUACCCCUUCACCGGUUUACAAGUCACCGGUGUACACACCUUCACCAGUAUACAAGUCACCUGUUUAUACUCCAUCUCCUAUUUAUAAGUCUCCUGUGUAUACUCCAUCGCCAGUAUACAAGACACCUCUGUACAAUCCAUCACCAGUAUAUAAAUCACCCGUUUAUACUCCAUCUCCUACCUACAAGUCUCCAAUGUAUACUCCAUCCCCUGUAUACAAGUCACCGGUCUACACCCCAUCACCAGUGUACAAGUCACCCAUUUAUACCCCAUCACCGGUUUAUAAGUCUCCUGUAUAUACACCAUCACCAAUUUACAAAUCACCCAUUUAUACCCCAUCUCCUAUUUAUAAAUCUCCUGUGUACACCCCUUCACCAGUAUACACCCCAUCACCCGUGUACAAUUCACCGAUAUAUACCCCGUCACCAGUGUACAAGUCACCCGUUUAUACCCCAUCACCAGUUUACAAAUCUCCUACAUAUACACCAUCACCAGUGCACAAGUCACCCAUUUAUUUCCCAUCACCAGUGUACAAGUCACCUAUUUAUAACCCAUCACCAGUUUACAAAUCUCCCAAAUAUAAUCCAUCACCAGUAUUCAAGUCACCUAUUUACACACCAUCACCAAAAUACAAAUCUCCCGUUUACUCACCAUCACCAAUUUACAAAUCUCCGGCCUACAUCCCAAGUCCUCCAUAUGGCUAUUAAGAAAUGUAUUAUGUAUGACUAAUUGUGUUGUUUGCCAAGUUCUUGUUUUGGGAAGGUGAUGCAUACUCGGAACGUUUGUUGAGUUGAGUGCAUUUGUAUUUUUUAUGUAUUGUUUAAUAUUCAAUAUAAUAAAAGCAAAAGCUGAAAAUAUUUUGCUUAAUUAGUUUACU